CUCGCUCGCUAGUCACUGCCUGGCUGGCUGACUGGCUUUCUUGCUGGUUGUGUUCCCCACUAGCGAGUUCACGGACUCGGCCACCAGACGUCAACGCGUGCGCGUGCAGCGUGGACCCAGCGUAAACUCACCCAGCGACGGACCGACUUUGACCAAGGAACGGCCUCUUCCCCCACCCCUCUUGCCUGGACCCGCACCAUGUGUGUGGAAGUCGGAUACAUCAUUUUGAGCCCACCGGAACCGUCUGACGGACACUACGGUGUGCGGAAAAUGAGGGAAUAGUCGUCGUCGGUGGCGACGGCGACGAACCAGCUGCGAAGCGCCAGCGUUUUUCUCGGAACCGCCGAGUGCGGGCCACUGAGAGGAGAAAAUGUCGGGAAAAAUCGAGAGCAAGCAAGACUCGCAGCGGUCCCAUCUGUCCUCAUUUACCAUGAAGCUGAUGGACAAGUUCCAUUCUCCCAAGAUCAAGAGGACGCCAUCCAAGAAAGGCAAGCAACUACAGCCAGAGCCCGCGGCCAAGACCACUGAAAAGCCCGCUAACAAGAAGGUGAGUCGACUGGAGGAGCACGAGAAAGACGUGGUCAGCGCACUUCGCUACUUCAAGACCAUCGUGGACAAGAUGGUGGUGGAGAAGAAGGUGCUGGAGAUGCUCCCUGGCUCGGCCAGCAAAGUGCUGGAGGCCAUCCUGCCUCUGGUUCAGGGGGAGGCCCGCAUACAGCACAGUUCAGCGUUGUCCUCCUGCCACAACCGCGUGUACCAGAGUCUCGCCAACCUCAUCCGUUGGGCCGACCAGGUGAUGCUGGACGGCAUCGACCUGGACGACAAGGAGAACGUGACGUCGGUCACCAACGUCAUCAAAGCGGUGCUGGAUGGCGUAAAGGAGCUGGUGAAGCUGACCAUCGAGAAACAAGAGCAGCCGUCGCCCACCAGCCCGAACAAACCGACGGCGCCCGUCACCACGGCGGAGAGCAACAUUCCUCCAGCUGACACCUCAGUAGAGCGCGAGUCGGAGCUGGCAAAGACGUCUCCGGUUGCAGCUCCCGCCGAGGGCCCCUCCUCGGACGUGCCCGACGAGGACAUAGCCCCUCCAAAACCCCCGCUUCCUGAAGCCAAGAUGGCAGAGCUCAGAGCACAGUUGAAUUGUGACGCUGGCCAAAGGAAACCCACUCACAAGGAGAACCCUCCUCCAGCGCUCCCGCCGAAGAAGCGGCAGUCUGCCCCGUCGCCAACACGUGUGGCGGUGGUGGCUCCCAUGAGCCGGGGAUCCAGCUUGCCCUGCAGCGUCCACAGGCAGCAGCAUGACUACGAGCAGGAGUUUCUCCAGCGGCGCUUCUCGGGGGGCAGCCAGUCAUACGGGGGCGACUCCCCACGUCUGUCUCCAUGCAGUAGCAUGGGCAAACUCAGCAAGUCGGAUGAGCAACUCUCUUCGAUGGAGCAAGACAGCGGUCAGUGUUCGCGGAACACCAGCUGCGAGACGCUUGACAACACGGAAAAUUACGACCCCGACUACGACUUCCUCCACCAGGAUCUUUCAGUCGGGGAUAGCCUGCCCCCAAUCCCGGUGGGCGGCUGCCUCAGCCCGCUGCCCGAGUCGCACAGCGAGUCAUCCUCGCCCGUCCCCGGGCAGCAUCACACGCACCCCCGCUUCAGCGCACCUACCCCCCAGCAGCUUCCCGAGUACUGGACGCCGCAGCCCGGUCACCCCAACCCUCUUUCACGCAUCAGCGCGCCGCCCGCGCUGCCCCAAAAGAAGCGGCGCAGCACACAGACACCCCCCUUCCCCGACGGCUGCUCCAAGUUGUACGAGCGCUACCCCUCCCAGUACGACAACCUGUCCGAGGAGGAGCCCCCGCCCUUUCCGCUUUUCACGCCCAUCUCGCCCAUGCCGCAGACAAACGGCGGCGUAUUUGUCGCGCAAUACAUUUGCGGCGAGAAUGCCGAUGUGCCUGCCAGCCCGCCGCCGCUGCCGGAAAAGAAAAGCAGACACAUCCUGCAGUACAUGCAGUUUGUAGAGGACUACUCGGAGCCGCAGCCGUCCGUCUUCUACCAGAUGCCGCAGAGCGAGAGCAUCUACGAGCAGCGCAACAAGCGCUUCCAGGAGGUCUACGGCUUCAACGACUCCUUCAGCAGCACCGACUCCGUACACGAGCCGCUCCUGCCGCCUGCGCUGCCGCCCAAGCAACGCCAACUGGCUUCCCACUCAUCCUCCCCCUCUUCCUCCUCCUCUUCCUCGCUCUCCUGCCACCUCCAGCCGUCUGUGGCGGCCAUGGAGGAGGCGGGCUCUGGGCUGGGCCUCAGUAUGUCCGUCUCUAACUCCUACCUGAUUGGCCAAGCCGCCUUGACCACGCCCACGAGCGUGGACCAAGCUGCCUUGAACAGUGCCCCUGUUCCCAACGGUAAUGGGGGAAGACCCGAUCCUGGGGGCUCCCCGUCCUGCUCGGCCGCCUCGAUGGCAGCCUGUCCUCCCUCCGAGUUGACUCACAGUGACUCUCUCCACGUGAGCGAGAGUGCAAAUGACGAGGGUGGGGAGGGCGAGUAUGUCAACUUGUACUCAUCCAGCCAGGCCAAUGGCGAACUGCCUCUCUCCCUCAGAGAAACCAUCAUGGCUGAUGACGUGCUCCAAGACCCCGCCCCUCCGACGCAAUCCACCAAUAGCAAAGAGGCUAUGGAAGUGGAACGGAGGCAAAAGUCAGCGGAGUCGGCGGAGGAGAGCGACGAGAACGUGGACGAGCUGUCUCUCAUCGAUCACAAGGAGAUCAUGAGCAGGAUAACACUAAAACAGGAAAAUGAUGAUGGGCCGGAUGUCCGUGCUGGCUCGGGAGAUAUUUUAUUAGUUCACGCCACAGAGACAGACCGCAAGGAUCUCGUUUUGUACUGUGAAGCCUUUUUGACGACAUAUCGGACGUUUAUAACCCCCGAGGACCUCAUAAAGAAGCUACACUACAGAUACACAAGUUUUUGCCACAGUCCAGACACAUUCAAGAAGCGAGUCAGCAAGAACACCUUCUUUGUGUUGGUGCGUGUUGUGGACGAGCUCUGUCUGGUGGAGCUGACGGAGGACAUCCUGAAGCAGCUCAUGGACCUGGUCUUCACCCUGGUCUGCAACGGGGAGCUCAGCCUGGCCCGAGUCCUCCGCAAGAACAUCCUGGACAAGGUGGAGCAGAAGAAGCUGCUGCGCUACACCAACUCACUCAAGCCGCUCGCUGCCCGCGGCGUCUCGGCCAGGCCCGGAACGCUUCACGAUUUCCGCAGUCACGAGAUUGCAGACCAGCUCACGCUUCUCGACGCAGAGCUCUUCUACAAAAUUGAGAUUCCCGAAGUGUUGCUUUGGGCCAAAGAGCAAAACGAAGAGAAGAGUCCCAACCUGACGCAGUUCACAGAGCACUUUAACAACAUGAGCUACUGGGUGCGCUCAUUAAUCAUUCAGCAAGAAAAAGCCCAGGACCGAGAGAAGCUGCUGCUCAAGUUCAUCAAGAUCAUGAAGCACUUAAGAAAGUUGAACAACUUCAACUCGUACCUGGCCAUCCUGUCCGCCCUGGACUCCGCCCCCAUCCGAAGACUGGAGUGGCAGAAGCAGACGUCAGAGGGAUUGGAGGAAUAUUGCACAUUGAUUGACAGCUCGUCGUCUUUCCGGGCAUACCGGGCCGCUCUGGCUGAAGUAGAGCCCCCCUGCAUCCCGUACUUGGGUCUGAUCUUGCAGGACCUGACCUUCGUUCACCUGGGCAACCCCGACCUCAUCGACGGCAAAGUAAACUUCUCCAAGCGGUGGCAGCAAUUCAACAUCUUGGACAGCAUGCGUCGCUUCCAGCAAGUGCACUACGAGCUGAAACGCAACGACGACAUCGUCUCCUUCUUCAACGACUUCAGCGACCACCUGGCCGAGGAGGCGCUGUGGGAGCUGUCGCUGAAGAUAAAGCCGCGAAACAUCGCCCGGCGCAAAACGGAGCGGGACGAGAAGACUUAAGCGCAGCGGCCCCACCAACGGCGCAAACAAACAAAAAAACAAAAAAAAAAGACAUGACCUCCAACUGUGCUUCAAUGACACUAACUCCACUUUAAAGGACCCGCCGAAUGGACGCUUUUAUUUUCGGCAGGCACUGACGGGAGAUUCGUUGCAGGAGAACGAUUAUUGGAAGCGCGAGUGAGUUUUACGAGGAGCCGCACCAGGCUGGGAGACUUCUUAUUACUGGGAGGGAGCAAACUCACAAAUACGGAAAUAACCAAAGUCUGCUCUCUUAUAAAGUGGAGACGGUCGGCCGAGUGUGUGACACUGAGGUGAGAAGGUCCAUUACGCUUUCACGUUUUUCAACAUUUUUGUAUUAUUAUAUAUCGUCGCUGUUGGGUGGAAUUCUGCCAUGUCUAAAAUCACUCUUUUAAAACAUGUUGCUUGAGUGACUUAAAGGGGAACUCGAGGAUUUCAAGGGAAGCUCUUGACAUCUGUAUCAUGGUGCCGUCAUUUUUCGCCACGCCAACCUCUUCAGUUGACUGAAAUUGACGUCAACGUGCCAUUAGGCUCGCAUUGCGACUGUCUUGGCCUCACCCGUUUUCUGGGUUUGGCCACGUGACGCUGCCAAUGCAACCCUGCGGGCACUUGGAUGGCGAUUUAAGCCGACAGCAGAGGGCAGUAUAGGAUAAAAAAAAUGGUAGCAUCCCGUGAUGGAUGAAAAUUGAUGGCUGCAUUAUCAGAAUACCGUUUUUGGGCUAGUGGAGGCACAUAAAACAAUGCAAAUAUUUUUUUAAAACCCUUAGUCCGCCUUUAAAACUGCAUUUUCGAAGUUUUAUCUUAUAUUGAUAUCAUCAUCUUUUGCGCAUCAGCAUCAACAUGCCACCACCCCAAAAUCAUGUACAAUUGCUAAUUUAAUAUGCUAAAAAAAUUUAAUUCAUUUUGCUUUAUCCAUAAUAGUCUGCUCUUACGCUGACUAUAUUUGUAUAAUCAUUCCCAAGCUCUUUUUUUCCCCCAGAGGUCUUAGAGCCUUGAGUGAUGUCAUGAAAUGAUAAACUAAGCAGCAUAAUCGGCGGAAAUGAUUCCGUACACAAACUGAACCUUUGUACCUGACCCAUUUCCUUCUGUACUUAUAGUUAAUAUGACAACUUUCUUUUGUUGUUAUUGUUUUAAACAGAGCAGUCUUACUCAAAUCUAUCUCACCUAUUUUCAGUCAUUAUUACGCAAAAUACAUCCAGAUUUCCAAUCUUAAGGCAACAUCAUGCUGUACUGUUCUCUAGCUUUAUUAGGGUAAUAAUCUCUAAAUUAACAGUUGUCGUCAAAAACCAAUAGUAUCAGUAUGUGAGAGUGAAAUUGACCCUAUUUAGAGAUAACAGGGUUUCCACACAACAGCGACGAUGCAGAUACACUACUUGCAAAAAGUUUGACACAUUGCAUCCAAAGCAGAGUAUCGCUUACUUUUUGUGAGUUGUUUGCGUGUAAUUGUGUGUGUGUGUGUCUAUAUGUAUAUAUACAUAUAUGUGUAUAUAUAUGUAUGUAUUUUCACGUGCCAUUGAAUCGGUCACCUCAACUCAAGCACGCCGCUCCCCUCAAAAUAGCAGCGCCAUCCACUGUGAAGUCCUGCGUUGAAGGGGGAGGUUUGUUCGCUUGUGUAAAGAUGUGUGGAUACGAAAUGUAUUAUAUACACACGCCGCUCCUUUUGUUCUUGAAAAGGAUGUUUGUGCUUACCGGAAGAACUCUGCCGUCACUCCCGCAAGUGCCGUACGUACGCAUGCAAAAACAAGGAGAAAAGCAAACGAGACAAAAAGACGGUAAGAGAAAUGACACAAGAUGCUGUGAUCUGUGAUGUCAUGGUGUGCUGUGGUCAUGUGUAAAAAAAAAAAAAAAAAAUCUAAAUCCCCCCCCCCAAAAAAAAGUAAUGGGUGAGGUGAGUGAAGUCGUUUGUCAUUCCAAAAUGUAAAUGAUUUCCUUUCGUCUUUGGGAGACCAGUCAGAAGCAACGUGUCACACUGUGCCCUCAAUAAAAACAAACAGCUGUUUCUAUA